AUGACACGAGAUUCGGCGGCGGUCGCCGCUUUAGACGACCGCCGCCGCCGCUGCCCUAUAUCGGCGGCAUCCAACGUAGUGGACGAUGCCUCAACAUUGAUGACCAACAGUAUUGCUAUGAGCGGAUCAAGUAGCAAUGAUGACGUUGGUGGUGGAGAUGAAGGUGGUAGCCUCAAGUCCUCAUCUGAAGUGUCAACAACAACUAGCUGCUGUGGUGGUAGCAGUAGUAGCAGCAGAAGUGGAAGCGAUGAUGACGAUUCUGCCACUGUUACCAGGUUGGCCACAGCAAUUGAUGACAGUUGUUCUACAACUAUCAAAACUCUCACAUCACCGUCAUUACACAGACAUAUGGAAGACGAUAAAAAUGGUGAUAAAGAUUCUUCUAGUAGUAGUCAUAGUGAUGAAGCUACCGCGACCACUCCAACAAGUAUUGGAGGACGUCUCACGUUUUAUAAAGACGGCAAGUUUAUAUUCCAAUUAGCAGCACAUCAUCAACAAAAUUCAUACAACAAUCCAUCCGCUUUAACAUCUCCAUGCCGUUGGGUACCAGUUCCGACAGUAAUACAGCAGCACAAAAAUAAUGUUAAGUGCAUAGGUGAAUGGUCACAACAUCAGCAAAAUAAAACAAUAUGGCCUUACUCGGUUACCAAUAUUGCUUCUGACAGUAAUUCACCCCAACCGAUACAGCAAUCACAAUCACCAACAGUAAGAAUUUGUGAACGGAAGCAACAGAAUUUUCAACACAGGACGACGCCCCCGCCACUUUCUCUCAUUACCGGUGCUGUUAAUACAGCUACACAUACUGGCGGAAUAGUAGUUGCAACGACAACAAAUAUCGUUCGCAGACCUUCUAGAAAGUGUUCAACUACAGUAGCAGCAGAAAAUGUUACCGAUUUUCAGCAUCAACGCUGUCAACCACUAACACAAUUACGAGGUAUACCAAGACGCUCACAGCAACACCAACAUCAGGCGUUCAUGAUGGUCGCCCCUGAGGCAAUUAAGGUUCAGAGGCGUUUAUUGUCGUUGCCAAAAAAGCAGCGUCUCUGGUGUCAACGAAAGAGAAAAUCAAUGACUAGAAACUCCCUGUUACAAGAACUUAAGCCCCCUCAAAUAAAUUUAGAAUGUGUUGUACGUAACCUAUGGUGUCGGCGACAUACAACGGAAUUGUUAUUGCGCAGACAACUGUCAAUCAAUAAUAGUGGAGAUAAUGUUGCUGCUGCUAUUUCCGCUGUUGUUGAUGUUACCCCUACAGUGGCUUCUCGUCAUGUUUCUGUCUCUACGGCAAGUGUUGUCGAUUCCACUUGUCCAAAUGCAGGAGGUAGCAAGCGGCGAUCAAUGGUUUCUCUAUCGCCCUCCACCGCUAUCCUAAUUCCCACCACCGCCACUACUAUGAUCAUUAGUAAUAAGAGUGGCAAUAGUAGCCCUCACAAAAAAUAUAAAUUGGGAUACCAGCAGCCACAGGAACAGAUUCUACCUCCACAGCGACGAGUGGUAGUUGAUAAAAGUGUGAAAAAAUCGAUUACUCAACCUCCGCAGCAAAUGAUUUCUACCAACGAUCACAGCAUAACUGCGAUAUUGUCUGGUGGUGCGGCGGGUGCAAAACGCUCUAGUAGUAGUGGUGCUGUUUCUAUGGUAAUGGAAUUAGAAAAUGGCGUUGUUACCACAACCACUACUACUAGUGCAGUAUUGUCACCACAUAAAAACCUUCAUACACCAUCACCUGCGCCGCUAUCGUUAUUGCGGACGUUGCUCAAGAGUCCCAGUGGUGAAAGUGGUUCACCGCCCAUAGCUGCUACUACAAACGGUGUUGGAUACAGGCAUCACACAAAUGGUAGCAGAAAAAGAUCAUCAGUGGAAUCGACAACUGUUUCAUCAAUACCACCUAUUAACUCUGCUACCAUUAAAGUUGAAAAUGGCCACGGAACUUCGACCAUUGCAAUACCAUCUGUAGGUGCUAAUGCAUCAGAUAAUGCUUCUGCCGUUCUAACUGCUCUUCAUCAACUUCCACCUAUUCACCACCCGGCUGCUGGGCAGUUGGCCGCAGCUGGUUACUUUAAUGUGUUGUACCAUCAAGCCGCAAUGGCUGCUGCUAUGGCGUAUCAAACCCACGCACAACUGCCUCAGCCGUUGCCUAAACCUCAACAACCAUCUUUGUUAUCUUCACAAUUUCCCACCACCAGUGGUGCCAAUAGCACUUGGGAACGUCAACUGAACCGGCGGCCGCCUCAUCUACAUCCAUCAGAAAUUAUUGUUGGAAGUGGAGUUACCAACGCCACCAUCUCUUCGUCUACAUCGACGGUCGUGGCACCUUACUCUUCACCUUUGGUAGCUGCCACUGUCAAUGGCAGUAGUUUAUUGCCACCUGCUACUCCGUCACCGCCACCUCCUUUAAUGUUGCAUCCUCAUCCUGUUCACCCUCACCAUUUAUUGUUACACCAUCAGCAGCAAUAUCAACCAGCACCCACGGUACAACAACAACCAUCGCCGUUCCAUCAACACAACCAUCGGCAACAGUGUAGUAGCGUCAAAAAAAGAAGUGGAGGGGCAAUUAGUGAUACUGAAUAUGGUGUUUGCUUAGAAGAAAAUAAUUCGGGAGUUGUAGCUACCCUAGACGAAGAGUCAUCCUCUUCUGCCGAUUGUGUGCCGCUCAACCUAUCCAAGGAUUCUAUAGCUGAAAAUGUCAGUGGUACUAGUCCAACGGCAAGAGUCAGGUGA